GCAAAGGAUUUCUCACCAAGAUCAAGAAGAUCCUCGAGUCGGUCUGCCACAAUUGCGGCAAGCUGUUAGACGACGAGAGCAAUCCCGCCUUCGCCCAAGCUAUUCGCCUUCGUGACCCAAAGCGUCGUUUCGAAGCCGUCACUCGGAUCUGCAAGCCCAAGACCGAUUGCGCUGCAGACACCACAGAGGAGGACAACGGUGUCUUCGGAGACGAUCCCAAGAAGCCUCCGACUAAGAAGCACGGAGGUUGUGGCAACAUUCAACCCACGAUUCGCAAGGAGCCUUUGAAACUCAUAGGUACCUGGCAACUGCCCAAGAACGAAGACGGCGAGUCUGGCGGCAAUGAAAAGCGUGCGAUCACGCCUCAGAUGGCACUUAAUGUGUUCCAGAACAUCUCCGAGGAGGACCUAUUCCGUCUUGGACUGAACACAGAUUACGCCCGACCGGAGUGGAUGAUCAUGACUGUCAUGCCGGUUCCGCCCCCAGCUGUUCGCCCGAGUGUUGACAGUGGCAACGGCAUGCGAUCUGAAGACGAUCUUACAUACAAACUCGCAGAUAUCAUCCGCGCUAAUGCGAACGUGCGACGUUGCGAAAUGGAAGGCUCCCCCCAGCACGUGGUUGACGAGUUCAUUGGCCUCUUACAAUACCACGUCGCCACUUAUAUGGACAACAACAUCGCUGGUCUACCGCAGGCUCAACAAAAGUCCGGUCGACCUGUCAAAGCUAUCCGUGCUCGCCUGAAGUCCAAGGAAGGCCGUCUUAGAGGUAAUUUGAUGGGCAAGCGCGUAGACUUUUCUGCACGAACGGUCAUCACCGGCGACCCGAAUCUAGAUUUGGACCAGGUCGGCGUGCCCCGGUCUACUGCGCGAAUUCUGACAUUCCCCGAGAAGGUGACUCUGUACAACAUUCGCAAGCUCCAAGGACUUGUCCGUAAUGGUCCGCUUGAGCACCCUGGUGCGAAGUUCGUCAUUCGCGACGACGGUUCUCGUAUCGAUCUGCGCUACCACAAGCAAGCCAGUGCUAUUCAACUCCAACCCGGCUGGAUUGUGGAACGACACAUUGUCGACGACGACUAUAUCAUUUUCAACCGUCAACCUUCGCUGCAUAAAGAAUCUAUGAUGGGACAUCGCGUCAAGGUCAUGCCGUACUCAACUUUCCGUCUCAAUCUCUCCGUCACAUCCCCGUACAACGCUGAUUUCGACGGCGACGAGAUGAAUUUGCACGUCCCGCAAAGUCACGAAACCAGAGCCGAGGUGGCCAACCUCUGCGCUGUACCAUUGAACAUUGUCUCGCCGCAGAAGAACGGUCCGCUCAUGGGCAUCGUUCAGGACACCAUGGCUGGUAUUUACAUGAUGACAAAGCGCGAUGUCAUGAUGGACUACGAGCACGUUAUGAACCUCAUGAUGUGGGUUCCCAACUGGGACGGUGUUGUACCACCACCUGCGAUCAUCAAGCCAAGCCCUCGCUGGACUGGCAAGCAGAUCAUUUCGCUCGCUAUGCCGACCGGGCUGAACAUCAUGCGAGCUGCAAAGGAUGACAUGCCCUUGAAGGAAGGCAAGAAAGAAAUUCUCGUCCAAAACGGAGAGGUCAUUUGGGGUCAGUUCACCAAGAGCGUUGUUGGAGCCUCUGGUGGAGGUGUCGUCCACUUGAUCUUCAAUGACAGAGGACACGAAGCCACGGUCGAAUUCUUCAACGCAGCGCAGCGCAUUGUCUGCUACUGGCUCCUUCACAAUAGCUUCAGUGUCGGCAUCGGUGAUACUAUCCCUGAUGCAGUGGUCACGGAGCAGAUUGAGAAUGAGAUCAUCAAGCAGAAGGCUAUCGUGGAUGGGUACAUGAAUGAAGUGCGUAUCGAGGAGCUUGAGCAGUUGCCCGGUAUGACCAUUCGUGAAACUUUCGAGUCUAAGACUAAGGCUGCCUUGGAUAACGCACGAAACAACGCCGGAGACGCAGCUUACAACGGCAUGAAAGACUGCAACAAUGUUGGAACCAUGGUCAAGUCCGGUUCGAAAGGUUCGACGACCAACGUCUCUCAAAUGACAGCUGCUGUUGGACAGCAAUCGCUUGAAGGAAAGCGUCUGCCUUUCGGAUUCAGCUGGCGUGUGACACCUCACUUCCCCAAGGAUGACUUUGGACCCGCCUCGAGAGGUUUCGUAGAGAACUCUUACCUGCGUGGUCUUACGCCCCAGGAAUUCUUCUUCCACGCCAUGGGUGGUCGUGAAGGUCUCAUCGAUACCGCUGUCAAGACUGCUGAGACUGGAUACAUUCAACGUCGUCUGGUCAAGGCUUUGGAAGAGGUUAUGAUCAAGUACGACGGCACUGUGCGCAACUCGCUCGGUGACAUUGUUCAAUUCACAUACGGUGAAGACGGCCUCGACCCCAUGAUCAUCGAAAGUCAAUUCCUGCAGAUCAUCAGUGCAUCUCACGAAAAGUUCGACCGCCGAUACAAGAUUGAUGUCAUCAACCCGCAAACAAAAGACGAGACCUUGUCCUCGAAUGUGCUUGAGAUUGCGUCGGAAUUGCGUGGUGAUGUCGAGAUCCAGCAGCUGUUUGACGAAGAAUACGAUGCAAUCAAGAACGACCGUGAUAAGAUUAGACAAGGGCUGGACGACCCAAGCGAGCAGCGUUACCUCCCGCUGAAUGUGGACCGCAUCAUUCAGAAUGCCAAGGACACCUUCAAGAUCAAGGAGACCAGCAAAAGUGAUCUGGACCCGCGUGACACCAUUCCCAAGGUCAGAGCUCUUCUCGACCGGCUGAAGAUCAUCCGUGGUGAAGACGAACUUUCAAAGGAAGCUGACCUCAACGCAACCUUGCUCUGCAAAGCAAUGUACCGGUCGCGGUUUGCUUUCAAGCGUCUGGUCAAGGAGGACAAGCUUAACAAACUUGCGCUUGACAACAUUCUUGGCGACGUGGAGAAUCGUUUCCUGCGUGGUCUUGUGAGCCCUGGCGAAAUGGUGGGGGUGUUGGCUGCACAGUCGAUUGGUGAACCCGCCACACAGAUGACACUCAACACCUUCCAUUUGGCUGGUGUGACUGCCAAUACGACAACGAAGGGUGUGCCUCGCCUGAAGGAAAUUCUGAAUGUUGCAGAAAACCUCAAGACACCCAAUAUGCGUGUGUAUCAAUUGCCCGAGAACCGUCUCAGCCAAGCUAGUUGCAAGGAGCUGCGUUCAAAGGUCGAACACACCACACUGCGGAGCGUUACCGAGAAGGCCGAAAUCUAUUACGACCCGGACAUUCAAGGAACGGUUAUCGAGUCCGAUAAGGACAUGGUUGAGUCGUUCUACAUCCUGGGCGACGAUGGUGGAGACCCGGUUGACCGUCAAAGCAAAUGGCUGCUACGCUACGUUCUUGGCCGUCGCCAGCUGCUCGAUAAGGGUCUGACUGUGACCGACGUUGCUCGCAAGAUGAAAGACACGUUCGGCAACGACGUUGCUAUCAUCUUCUCUGAUGACAAUGCCGAUGAAUCCGUCAUCCGUGUCCGCGUCGUCACUGACAACAAAUCGCCCGAGAAUGACGAGCAGGACAAAACACUUCGAGAUCUGGAAGGUCACAUGCUUGACACGACCAUCUUGCGUGGUGUCAAGGAUGUCAAGCGAUGCUUCGUCUCCAGUGAUGCCAUGCUUCAGGAGAAGCCGGACGGAUCUCUUGUCAAGUCGAAAGAGGGUGGCAACGAAUGGUUCCUCGACACCAUGGGUGUGAACCUGCGCGACGUACUUGCAGUCGAGGGAGUGGACCCUUACAGAACCACUUGCAAUCACUUCCAAUCCACUAUGAAGGUGUUCGGCAUCGAAGCAGUCCGCGCCUCGCUGAUGAAGGAAAUGAAGGAUGUGUUGACGAACGAUGGUAGUUAUGUCAAUCAUCGACACAUGGCUAUCCUGUGUGACGUCAUGUGCGCCCGAGGCGAGUUGAUGGCCGUCACCAGACACGGUAUCAAUCGCGCCGACACCGGUGCUCUCAUGCGUUGUUCUUUCGAAGAGACUGUCGAGAUUCUGUUCGACGCUGCCUCGUCGGGUGAAUUGGACGACUGCAGAGGUGUUUCAGAGAACAUCAUCCUGGGCCAAUUGGCACCCAGCGGUACUGGUGAAUUCGAUUGCUUCUUGGACAGCGAAAUGCUCAAGAACGUGGUCGCCAAUCACCGUCCUAUGGGCGGAAUGGCUGCCAUGGGUGCAGCCUCGCCGAUGACAGAAGGUGGUAUGACACCUUACGACAUGGGAUCACCUUUGUCAGACGGCGGCUACGCGGGCCCUGACUAUGGUGCCAGCUUCUCGCCUAUCAUAUCUGCUGGUCAGGAAGAAAGCGGAGGUCUCACCACGUAUGGCGGUGGUUUUGCUGGCGGCGGUCUCAGCCCAUACUCGGGUGGCAUGAGCCCGGGAUAUGCGCCCACCAGUCCUUUCAGCGGUAUGUCUCCUGCCUCACCAGGCUACAAUGCCGGAGGAUAUUCGCCGACUUCGCCGAGCUACGCCGGGUACUCGCCGACGUCUCCUGGUCAAGGUCUCACCAGUCCAAGCUACGAGAUCACUUCUCCUCGCUUCUCGCCUGCCAGCCCCGCGUACACACCAACGUCUCCUACAUACUCGCCCACCUCGCCGGCAUACAGUGGCGGCAACAAGGUCUCCCCCACCUCGCCUUCAUACAGCCCAACGUCGCCUUCGUACUCGCCCACCUCGCCGUCUUAUUCCCCGACAUCGCCGAACUACAGUCCUACCUCGCCCGGUGGCAUUGGCAACACGUCUCCGAAGUACUCGCCCACUUCGCCACAGUACAGCCCAACCUCGCCGCAAUACUCUCCAACCUCGCCAGCAUACUCACCAACCAGUCCCAAGUAUGGUGGUGCAGGUGCUAGCAAUUCCCCAACUUCGCCCAGCUACAGCCCGACAUCCCCCGUGUACAGCCCGACCAGCCCCGCCCAAAAUGGUGCAUACUCUCCAACUUCUCCGGCUGCUCGACAGAGCCCAACGAGUCCUCAGUACAGCCCAACCAGCCCGAAGUACUCCCCAACCUCGCCGACGAACAAUUAGGAGACAUGUCUGAUUUUUAUUGCGACCUUGCUUUUUCGGCUGCAAUUUGCUUCUUCCCAUCACUAUUAUAGAAUGACCAUCUGCUGCACCAGUAACGAGGUUGAAUUCGCUUUAUUUCCUUUUCCGAUCGACCGGGUCUUGAUAUCAUUGCGAUGUCCUCUUUGUUGAGCGAACGUCAAAAGGAGGGCUCGACCGGCGU